AUGACCAUCGAAGUCAAUGAAAAGCAAACGUUACUGGCCGUCGAAACAUUUAACGUUAAGUCUGAAGUAAUGAAAGUUGCUAAUUUAUAUAGGGCUCAUUUAACUAAUAAAGCAGAAGAGUCGUUGAAAGAAAUGGAUGAAGAUGCUGUUAACCCAACAGACGAACAAAGCAAAACAAAAAAGAAAACCAAGAAUAUUAAAACUGGUAUCGCUUUAUUAUAUGAUGAGGAGUCUGAAAAUGCAUAUGACAUCCGAUUGAAGCUUACAAAGGAAGUAUUAACUAUUCAAAAACAAGAUGUCGUCUGUGUUACUGGCGGCAAGCAUAGUGCAAAUCACAGAACUGUUGCACUUCGCAGACAACCAGUUGGUGGCUUGGGACUGAGUAUAAAGGGAGGAGCCGAGCACAAAGUUCCUGUCGUCAUAUCCAAAAUAUUCAAAGCUCAAGCAGCUGAUCAAACAGGAAUGUUAUUUAUAGGAGAUGCAGUAACACAGGUUAAUGGCAUCAAUGUAGAAAAUGCUACCCACGAAGAAGUGGUGCAUCUAUUGCGAAACGCUGGCGAUGAGGUUACCAUCACAGUUCAGUAUCUCAGGGAAGCUCCGUCGUUUCUGAAGCUCCCAUUAGAUUCUCCAGGACCCUCCAGUGAUCAGAGCAGUAGAACUUCCUCUCCUCUCUUUGACAGUGGUUUGCAUUUAAAUGGAAACUCUACUAACACUGCUCCAUCAUCUCCUUCCUCGCCCAUUGCUAAUGAGCCAAAAUAUGAAAAGCAUUGGCUCGAUGCUCUCUCCAUCCCUCUGUCCAUGGCUCGAAUCUCAAGGUAUAAGGCCGGAACAGAUAAAUUGAGAUCCAACGCGUUUGAAGUCCUGGCCCUGGACGGCAUUAGUACUGGGAUUCUCCAGUUUUAUACGACCCAGGAGAGUGCUGACUGGUUGAAGGCAGUAUCAACUAACAUCACCGAUCUGAUGCUUCAAAACAUGAAAAUGGCAAACAAAUGCUGUGCUCCUUAUGAACAGGUUAUCCACAUGGGAUGGGUGAAUGAGAGAUUCCAGGGAACCGACUUAUCUCAGCUCUAUAAAUACAAGUUUCUGGCGCUGAAGGGUUCAUCCUUCUACAUUUUCAGUACCCCACCGGUGAGCACAUUAGACUGGGUGCGUGCUGAAAAAAUCUAUAACCUCUGUGAGGUGCUAUUUAAAGUUCACAAGCUCUGGCUUGCUGAUGACUGCUGGUUUCAAGCAAACUUAUAUCUAGGUCUUCAUCAGGAAUAUGAUUUUGAAGACCAAAGGCCAUAUUGCUUCAGUGUUAUGGUUGGCCAUGGGAAGAGCCAUUUUUUCAAUGUCGAGCUAGGGAGUGAGCUGGCAGUGUGGGAAAAAUCAUUCCAAAGAGCCAUUUUCAUGGAAGUACAAAGAACAGGGUCUAAAACAUACAUGUGCAGCUGGCAAGGAGACACGCUUUGCUUCACAGUGGAUUUUGCCUUAGGAUUCACGUGCUUUGACAGCAAAACAAAGAAUGUUCUCUGGAGGUUUAAAUUCUCCCAGCUUAAGGGAUCUUCAGACGAUGGUAAAACACGAGUAAAACUGCUAUUUCAGAAUCUUGACACCAAACAAAUUGAAAUGAAGGAACUUGAAUUUCAGGAUCUGACCAGUGUGCUACACUGCAUACACUCCUUUAUAGCAGCAAAAGUGGCAACAGUUGAUCCGCUCUUUGUAGACAGCCAGAGUAUUGCAAGAAAAUACAUGUGUAGCCAUUAA